CACGCCACCGCCGCGCCGUCGCCGCCUCCUCGUCGGCGGCGCGUCCCCCCCCACCUCCGCCGCCGCCGCCACCUCCCGCACCUCGCGGCCGCGUGGGUAGUAAUAAUACCACCCCCACUCCCAGGGGGCCCACGCGGGCGCGCGCCGGACCUUGGCUGCGGCUGGCUAGGGUUUCAUGCGGGCGCGCCCCCGCCUCCGAUGUCGCACCCCGGCAAGUUCGUCUCCGUUAACCUCAACCGAUCCUACGGCCAGCCCGCGCCCUCGCACCAUGGAGCCCGCCCCUCGCGCCCCUCCGCCUCAUCCGGUGGCGGCGGCGGCGGGGGUGGGGGUGGCGGCAUGGUCGUGCUCUCCCGCUCCCGUGGCUCCUCCGUGUCCAAGCCCCAGCCGCCCAAGCUCUCCGUCCCGCCGCCGCUGAACCUCCCCUCGCUCCGCAAGGAGCACGAGCGGUUCGAUGGCGCCGCCGCGGCCGCGGGCGGCGGGGCCGCCUCCGCGCCCGUCCGAUCCGGGGCGCCCACGGCCGGCUGGACCAAGCCCGCCCCGGCCGUCGAGAAGCCGCUGCCUCCCGCUUCCGUGCUGCUCCCUGGCGGCGGCCCCAGGCCCCCGCCCUAUGGAUUCCCGGAGAAGGCCGCCGCCGCCGCCGUUGUCUUGCGUGGGGAGGACUUCCCUUCCCUGAAAGCGUCCGUCGCGCCGCCGCCUCCACCGCCCGCGCAACGUCACAAGGACGCUGAUGGGGUGCGGGUCGCCACUCCGGAGACACGGCCGCCGCUGGGCAUGCGACCGCAGGUGACGCCGUCUCGUGCCGCUGAGCCCUUGUCCUCUACUGGUGGCACCGGCACUGGUGAUCAUGUAUCUGCGGAGAAGGCGCAAAGGAAUGAUUUGGGGCCACUUCCACUUGUCCGGCUUAGGUACGAUUCCGACUGGGCUGAUGAUGAGCGUGAUACGGGGUUGACCCUCCCAGAGCGUGACAGUAGGGAGAGGGGAUUCGGUAGGAGCGAGCCUGCGGUUGCAGGCCGUGACAUUUAUGGGGGCAUGAGGGAUCCCUUCAAAAAAGAGCCCUUUGUAAAAGAUUUGAUUGCUAGCAGCAAAGAGGGUGGCCAGGAUGCGGCGUGGCGAUCUCCUAUGUCGAGCCAACAAGAUAGAGAACGGACAGACGGACGGCCAUACAGCGCAGGGAGAGGAAGCAGUGCGCAAUCAUCUUAUCGUGAAAGCAUGAAUGGUGAUGCUUCCAAGGAUUCCUGGAAUACAAGUAGGGAGCCAGGUGUGCGUGUAUAUGGACAGAAUGGGGCAGAACCGUAUAGGAAUGCACGUGUGGGGGAGACUCCUGGUGAACGUUAUGGCAACAUUUCAAAUAACUGGUACAGAGGGAAUCCUUUCCAGAAUAGUUUUGUUUCCAAGGUGCAACCAUUCCCUGGUAAUAAAGGGCCUUUAAAUAAUGAGCCACCUGCAAAUUUUGGCAGGGAGAAGCGUCUCACUGGAACCCCUGCGAAGCCUUUAAUUGAGGAUGGAGGUUUCGAUAGUAUUACAGCUGUUAAUUUAAGUGCAAUAAAGAAGAAAAAGGAGGCGGCCAAACCAGCUGAUUUCCACGACCCAGUAAGGGAAUCGUUUGAGGCAGAGCUUGAUAGAAUCUUGAGGUUACAGGAGCAAGAAAGGCAACGUGUACUGGAAGAACAGGCAAGGGCCAGAGAAAUUGUUCGGAAACAAGAGGAGGAGAGGGAGAGACUAAUAAGAGAGGAGGAAGAGAGGCAACGGUUGGUGGAAGAAGAGGCAAGACAUGCUGCGUGGCUUGCGGAGCAAGAAAGAUUGGAAGCUGCUAAAAGAGCUGAGGAGCAGAGAAUUGCUAGGGAGGAGGAGAAAAGGAAGGCCGCUAUUGAGGAGGAGCGGCGUAAAGAAGGUGCACGCAAAAAACUCCAAGAGUUGGAGGCAAGGAUUGCUAGACGACAAGCAGAAUCGAACAUUAGGGAUGGGGAUCUUGCUUCAUGUAUCAAUGAUGAACUUUUGCCUGGAGCCGUGAAGGAUAAAGAUGUGCCACAAUCUGCUAAUACUGACGACAGACAUGAUUUUGAUAGAAUGGGUGAGCGCGUCAAUACCUCUGCAUCGUCGGAGUCCUCUAGUAACAACAGGUACAAUGAUAUAGUUCCAAGAGUGCACACUUUGAGAGAUGGACACUCAUCGCUUGUUGAUAGAGAACAUGCACAUUUUAGUGGAAGGACAUCAUUUCAAGACCAGGAAAGUGCUCACUACAGUCCACGGCGUGAAACUUUCACUGCAAGGAGGGGAAAUUACCCUAAGAAAGAUUCUUAUGAUGGUUUUGUGACUGUGACAGUCAGGCCAUCUUCGAGAGGCCGGACUAACGAUUCACCUUGGGCAUCAGAAGAGUACCAUCAUGGAAGGGCUCCAAGGUGGGAUGCACCAAGGGAGAACGAUAGGUUUGACAAGCAAUCUGACUUUGACACUGAGUUUUUUAGUAGCGACAGAUUUGGAGAUCCAGCUUGGCUGCCCAGUAGUUCACAUGAGGGCCCCAAUCGUCACCAAGGAGAGAAGAUGUUUCAUAGCUCUGAGGAUAAUGAGUUCCCUUUUACAAGGCCCCGUUACUCGAUGCGGCAACCACGUGUACCCCCACCCCCAGCUGUGGCCAGAAGUACGGUUGGUCCUUCCACUCAACAUGCGAAUUCUUCUUUUGUGGAAAGUGGGUUGAGAGAGAGUUCUAGUAGGGAAGAGCAUACUAUGCAGACCGAAUAUGGACGUGUAUACCAAGAGGCAUCUCACCAGCAUGGGACAUCAGCUGAAGGCAUUGUUCUAGAUGAACAGCAAAAUGGGGAUAGGGAAAACCCUAUAUUGGGCUCACAAUCUUCUCUGUCUGUUUCGAGCCCUCCUAGUUCACCUCCACAUGUUUCACAUGAUGAGAUGGAUGUUUCUGGUGAUUCACCUGCGUUGCCAACUUCUGCUGAUGGUGAUCGAACUGUGAUGUCUGACAUUGACCAUGCGGCUUCAACCUUAGAUGCAGCCAACACAAGCAGAAUCAAUACCUCAAGCACAGUUUCUCACUUGGAGGAUGAUGAAUGGCCAAGUGAAAAUAAUGAAAAUCGUCAAAAGCAAGAUGAGUAUGACGAAGAAAGCAAUAGCUACCAGGAAGAUGAAAUCAAUGAAGGUGACGAUGAAAAUCUUGACUUGGAUGAUGAGUUUGCAGAGGGGCAUAGUACACAUAUAGAAAUGGAACCGGUUAUACUUGGAUUUGAUGAGGGUGUACAGGUUGAAAUCCCCCCAAAUCCUGAGGUUGAGUUAGUAUCCAUGAAGAACACACACUCAGGUGUCAUGGAGCAGCAGGUGGGCAGUAGUUCAGUUUGUCCUUCUGACUUGGUUACUGAAGCAGAGAAGGCACUGCGGAAUUUGGCUCUUGAUCAAAUAAAUGCUUUGACAGAUGAAACUAACAAUGAGCCAUCCAAUAGCUUAGUAGCAUCUGCGCCAGGCUCCAAGUUACAUCAAGCACCUUCCACUGAUCCUAUUAUGCCACCAGCUUCAGCAGUUAGUGGCCGGAGUGAAGUCCCUGUCAAUCUCCAGUUUGGUUUAUUUUCUGGGCCUUCUUUGAUACCAACUCCUGUUCCAGCCAUUCAGAUUGGUUCCAUUCAAAUGCCUAUAAAUCUCCACAACCAGAUUAAUCCAUCCCUAUCUCAAGUACACCCUUCACCAGCUCCAUUGUUCCAGUUUGGCCAGUUGAGGUAUGUGCGCCCUAUUGCCCAGAAUGUUCAGUCGGUUUCUCAGGCGAUGCCUUCAAUUCAUUCAUCUGCACCAGCUCCUUAUAUAUUGAACCAGUAUGGUUCAAGUGGUCUCCCAAAUGAAAUUAAUCAACACACUCACCAGAAUAUCCCAAGAGAGGCAGCUCAGUCCAGCUCUAUUGAGAAAUCUGUGGUGUCUGCAGCCAAUCUUUCCUUUAUGUUGCAGCAUUCAGAUUCUCAGAAGCUUGGUGCACCUGCAAUCAACCAGAUGGUUGAUGCAGAGGGAUUUCACAACCUGCUGGAUAGAUCUUCCCUGGGGGAAAACAUGUGCAGAGUUUCAAAACCUGAAAGUCACAGGAAUCAUGAUAUCUCUCUGAAGAGGAAUUACAGACCUACUUCUAACAACAGAGAAUCUUCUCAAGUUAAUUCAGAUGCAAAAAUUGUGAGUGGUCCAAAGGCUCCAGGUGCUGUACCUGGUGGAAGAGGGAGAAAAUACGGUUAUGCUGUCAAGGAAUCUAAUAUAAGGUCAACAAGUUCAGUUGACCAUUCUAAUAAAGAUUCAAGAGGAUUACAGAGGAGGUCUCGUAGGAACAUAAGAAGAACUGAAUUUAGAGUUCGGGAAAAUGUCGAAAAGAACCACAUUCAAGAUGAGUCAUUUAGUCACAGUGAGCAGAACGAGAAGCCAUAUUCCAAUGGAACAGCAAGAGAAAUUCCUUUGAAAAAUCCAAACAGAAGGGAAGGUGAUAAGUCAUUUAGGGCUAAUGAAGCAAUCGAUCUUAGUGCAGGUCCAUCUACAUGUGCUAAUUAUUACAGCAAGACAGAGAGAAGUACACACAAGGCUCCAUCUUACGAGAGAUCUCAUAGUGGGAACAAGAAAUCGAGAGCAGGUGGUGCUAUCCCUGAAGGAGAUGUUAAUGCUUCAUCACAGGCUGCAGUUGCACGUGUUGUUAGGCAGCAGGGCAUCGAAAUCCCUGUUGAUGCAGAUGGUUUUAUUGAAGUAAGGUCUAAGAGGCAGAUCAUGAGUGUCAGGAGAGAACUGAGGGAGAAAGAAAAUAGAUCCAAGAUGAGGAUAGCAAAGGCUCCCCGCAAACAGCAUCAAGUUUCUCUGCACAGUUCUAGUAGUCCAAAUUUGAACAAGGGAACUGUUUCUUUGGCAGAACCUGCAAAGAAAGCUUCUUUGGAUUCUGUCAUGGCUGUUGAAAGCAGAAUCAUUGACCCUGCUGAAUCAUCUGUUGCACUAAAGGGUGAUAAAGCUUCCAUGACACCCAUAGGGCAACCUUUGGUCAACGCAGAAUCUCAUACAAACUACUACGCAAAGAAGCCUAUCAAUAGCCAGCCAUCCUCAGAUGCGGUCAAUUCAGGAAAGCUCGUGACAAGCCUAUCUGAAGAAAACAAUAAAACGAUGCCCAUUAGCACUCCAUUUAACAUAGGCACCUGGGAUAAUUCACAAUUAAACCAGCAGGUUAUGCCAUUAACUCAAACUCAACUUGAAGAAGCUAUGAAACCAGGGAAGUUUGAACAAGCUGGUUCUGGCUUUUCUUUGGAGCCCAACAAUGCUCUGUCUCCCACACUAGGUUCUGAAAAAACAUUCCCUUCAUCUGCUAGCCCUAUUAAUUCCCUUCUUGCCGGGGAGAAGAUUCAGUUUGGAGCAGUUACCUCACCAACUGUACUGCCUCCAGUCAGCCGAACUAUUACAAGUGGGCUUGGUCCUCCAGGUUCAUCUAGGCCUGAUAUGAAGAUUCAUCGCAACUUGCCUGGUGAUAGCAAUAGUACUGCCAUUUUGUUUGAUAAGGAGACGUCUACAACAAAGGAACCAUCACCAAACUCCGAUGAUGUUGAAGCUGAAGCUGAGGCUGAAGCAGCUGCCUCUGCUGUAGCUGUUGCAGCUAUUAGUAGUGAUGAGAUAGUUGGAUCUGGAGCUGAUGCAACGGCAGCUUCUGCUUCAGACAACAAAAGUUUCGGCAAUAAGAAUCUUGCUGGAUUAGCAUCAGGAGGUCAAUCAUCCACAGAUGAACCACUCAGCGUCGCUCUUCCAGCAGACUUGUCAGUUGAUACUCCACCAAUGUCCCUGUGGCACCCUCUGCCAAGUCCACAGGCAUCAGGACCGAUGCUUUCUCAAUUUCCUGGUGCACAGCCAUCCCACUUUUCCUGCUUUGAGAUGAACACAAUGUUAGGAGGGCAGAUUUUUGCAUUUGGACCAAGUGAUGAAUGUGCUGGUUCUCAGGUUCAGCAGCCUCAAAGAAGCAAUGCUUUACCUUCAGCACCAUUGGGAGCUUGGCCACAAUGCCACUCUGGGGUUGAGUCAUUUUAUCGUCCUCCCACUGGGUUUGCUGGUCCUUUCAUUAGCCCUGGAGGGAUACCAGGCGUACAAGGUCCUCCACAUAUGGUGGUCUACAAUCACUUUGCUCCUGUAGGGCAGUUUAGUCAAAUGGGACUUGGUUUCAUGGGAACCACUUAUAUUUCUGGUGACAAGCAGCCUGACUGGAAGCAAAACCAAGGACCUCCGGUUGUUGGUGUUAGCCAGAGUGAUCCAAACAACCAAAAUAUGGUACCUGGUCAAGUAAGCUCGCCCAGUGUUCCUACUCCAGUACAGCAUCUACGCCCAACCUCCAUCAUGCCAAUUCCAUCUCCACUGACCAUGUUUGAUAUUGCUCCAUUCCAGUCAUCUACAGAUAUACAGAUGCAGCCUUGUUGGCCACAUAUGCCUGUAGCACCACUACACACCGUCCCAUUAUCAGUGCCACUACAGCAGCAUCCAAUGGACGGCACAGCUGCAGCGCAGUUUGUUCAUAACAUCCAAGUGGACAACAAAGCGAGUUCGAAUAACCGGUUCCAGGAGCCCUCUGCUUCUGUUGUUCCAGCAGAUAACAGCAAGAACAUUCCAAAUGCAUCUGCUACUCAGUUUACAGAUGAUUUAGGCCUUGUUGAACAGCCAGCCUCCACAAGUUCAAAUGCUCAAACUGUUCAGCCUUCGUUUGCCCGGGUAGGCAUGAUCAGCAAUGAAGUCCCAAACAGUGCCAAAGUUAUGGGUAGGUCGUCGAACACACCAAAUGUUAACCCUGGGAUUGCUACAGGGGUCAGCAACUCAAAUGGAAGUCAGGUUGCCAGCAUGCCUUCCAAGCCCCACCAAUCUUCAUCAUCAUCGGGUCAACAGUACCAACAUCAAGUUAAUAAUCAAGAUCGUCGGUCUCGGGUGACCCAAAAGACUGGAGCUGUCAAUGAAUGGCAACGCCGUUCAGGAUACCAGGGAAGGAAUCAAAAUUCCGGUUCUGACAAGAACUUGGGCACUGGUAGGAUGAAGCAGAUCUAUGUUGCAAAAUCAUCAUCAGCAAGUGGCCAUGCCCCAUCUGGUUAGAAGCACAAAUGCUCUUUUGCAAAGCCUGCGUCAAUCAGGAGGCCGCAACAGCUCGACUCGAGCAUAUUUGCACCAGACACAUGCGAAAUGUGUUGUCACUCCAUGUCUGUCUAUCCUUUUUGUUUUCUUUGGCGAUUAUAGCCUGUGCUGAUCAUUUAUCUAUUUUUGGUUCAUUGUCUUGCAUAGAGAAAAGAAAAAGGUAGUGUGGUUGCAGUGUCAAAACUUUAUAGUGAUAUCGUGACAUGCCUGGAUAAAAUUUGCAACCUUCAAAAUAUGCUGUUGUGUAAGUCGAUGGUGUGCCGUCUGAAUUGUUAAUACUAUUAUCAUUAUCAUUAUUAUUUUUCCGGACUCUGGAGGUUUAAACAGCCUCGGAGAUUGCUAUAAUAGGGAUGAAAACAUGCCCCUUGUGAAUGUGUCCA